GGCCAACGGUCCGCUCACAGUCGCCUCUUUGACGCCGUGCAGACUAGUAGCCGUCAGAUUCACUCACUCACUCGGUCGGUUGGUCGUUUUGUAUUUUUUUUGUUAUUCACAAAUAAGUCACAACACAUCAAUCGUCGACAAUCCGACGGACGCGGUCGACCCAACGAAAUUCGCUCACAUCAUAUCGUGUUGAAUCCAGUUCGAUUCGAACACAACUAUGUCGUACACGCGGCGGAGGUGGUGCGUCCUCUUCUUGGCGGCACUCGCCGAGGUGGCGAUGCGGUCGGCUCAAGGCGCCACGAUCAAGUUCGACCAGAGCCAGACCGGCGAUUACAACCUGCAGAUACACCUGAAAAACAUAGAGCUGUACGCCGUGUUCGACGAUUCAUCGACAAGCGACGACGACUACAGCGACUUACCGGAUUACUCGGACCUAACCGAGAACACGUCUAAGCCGAUCGCUUCGUCUACUACGAAGGCGCCACCGCCGGCCUCGGCGCCCGUGUCUGCCGUGGUUCCGUCCACUACUACUACGGGAGUGCCGGACCUGUUCGGGCCGUCCAACAGCGAAAAAAUCGUACAGAUGGUCGAAGCGUUAAUCGCCAGCAACGGUAAUACGCCCGACAUGCCCACCGAUCCGUCGGCGGCCAUCGCGACCACCACAACGACGGCCGCGAUCGCCACCAACUCCGCCGCGGCCCCGACGUCUGCGAGCACGGCCAACCGCAAGUGUGGACCCGGAUACUUCAGAGACCCCAUGGGACGGUGUCGACGAAUCCGAAAGCCUCAUUUACCGUUUUUACAAAUGGUGCAUACGCCAGGUGUAAUCAAAUCAUUCCAGCCUCAGCAAAGACAAUCUGACGAUUCUACUGUCACUGAACAGAAAAAUUAAUUCAUUGUACGCGUUAAAUAAAGGAUUUUAGACUAAAAAAGGACACAAUUUUUAUUUAUUAAUUUAUGUUAUUUAUUCCUAUCUUUUUUGUAUACCUUUCGUUUAAUAGACUCAAUAUCGCUAUUUUUAAGUUAAAAUAAAUUAAGAAAAAUGAGGAAUUAUGCAAAGCUAUCGAAUUAUAUUAUUAUUUUUUUUUAAAUACCUGAUGUCUGAAAUACAAUCAUUAUUGUAGUCCUCAGUGGAGCGACAAUUAAUAUUUUAUUUACUUAUUGAUAAAAAAAUUAGGUUUCAAAUAUGCAAUGAUGUUUUUCAAUAAUUAUUCGAUGCCUCCUCUUCCUGACAUCAUUCAAUUAAUUUACCUGUCUAAUAUAAUUAGAAUAAAUAUCUAUAAAUAGAUUAACUGUCUUAAAUUAUUCCGGUUUAUGUAUUUAUAGAAUACAAUAAUAAUAAUAUGUUAUAUUUAAUAUUCUCGACUUGUGUUCGUGGAUAGCUCAUCAAUAUUGUGAAUAUUAUAGGAUUUGUAUUGGAUCAAACUUAAAUUACUUACUUAUUAUGAUUUUAGAGUUUAAAUUACAAAUUGUUUUUGCCAAUUUAUAAUAGUAUACAUUCUAAAUUGUUGCCACUUGUGUACGGUUUAGGUAUCACCUAUUAAAAGUUAAAUUGCUUGUAUUUUAGUUAACAAUAAUAAUGUAGCUGAAUUUGUAAUUAAAAUUUAAUUUCUACUGAUUAGUUAUAAAUAAUUCUUUUUGAAAUUGUUAAAAGAUAAUUCAUUUUAUAUGAUAAUAAAUAAUUAUAUCUAUAUUUUA